UACAUGUGUAUGUAUUUACAGAUAUACUUUACAAUCUGUAAGGCUACUCCUUCUCAAAAAGUUUAUUUUGGACAAGGAUUAUCAAAUCAAUACUGGGGUUUUUUUGUUGGUUUUUUUGGGUUUUUUGGGGUUUUUUUUGUUUUUUUUUCAUUUGUUAGGGUCUUCCUUUUUCUUCUUCAAAAAGGAAAAAGAAAAAAAAUAAUGAAGAACAAGGGGAGGAGAAAAUGGAGGAUCUUCCCACCAUAUUUUACUUGCUGUGUACAUGAAUGCUUUCAGUAAUGUCUCUGAAAAAUUUGAGAAUAUAACUACUUGCUCCCAAAAUUCCCCAUGUAAAAUUAGCAAUAUGGAGCCAUUUAAAAGGCAGCUCUUUUUCUCAUAUUAUUUCCCUUUGAAUAGUCAAGUGCACAUCCAAGCUACAGCCACUGAAGAACAAUUCCAAGUUGCAAGCAAACAUGGUGUGUCAGCUGUGCAUUUUUCCUGUUUGUAAGGAAUAAAAAUCACAAAUGUGAAAUGAAACAUAGCUGAGAGGCACCUGAGUGCAGAUCCAAAGGCAGAAUCUGCCUUGGCUCCAUUUCAGCACAGACAGUGGGAAAACUUAAAUCUACUCGUGAGUCCUGAGAUCUUUAACUCUCUCAGGUUAGCAAAUGUAUCUAAGGGAAGAGGCAGGAAUAACUAAUUCCCAAGUGAUUUUAAUGAUUCAUGCUCCCUAAAAGAAGGAGCCAUGGGAAAUAUGCCUGAGCAUCACUAUUUUGUUGUGUGCUGUAGGAUGUUUGUUUAGUGAAAUGGCUUUGCUAAUAGAUUCGUUAAUCAGUCAUUUCCCAAAUAAAAUAGAAAGUGCAACACAGCACUCCUUUAGUUUGGUCUUCUGUAAAAUUAAAUGCCUCAUUUGUGUCUCUUAUCUAGGAAAGAACAAUAGACCAAAUAAUGACCAAAGCCUUCAGACCCUCUGAGGGUCUUUUGAUUUUAAGGUAUAAGGACUGCAUGAGCUUGCUGCUGCUUCUUUUUCAGGGUUUGUGAUAGAAAACCUUUGCUGUAUUCUCUCCUCCUGCCCUCUCUGUCUCUCAGCUCUCAAGUGAUACAGGGCCACAACAUAAGACACCUCAGGUAAAUGUUGCAACCAGUUGAUGUGAUACAGGGGGUAUUUUCUGUCUGGUAGGUAGAAAUAUACAUUUCCUUUGCUCCACAUUUGUGUGGAACAAAAUACCCUGCUUUUUAAUGAUUGUUUGCUAGGGUAAGGUUGGAAGUUUGUCCCCAGAACCAGUUUGGUUUUUGGCAUCUCCCUUGUUAGUGUGUGCAGUGCUGCCGCUUAAUGCUCAUUCAGGCAGUGGAUUUGCAUUCUGGUUCUUGGCCUAAAGUGGAUUGAGAUUCAUAAAAAAUAAUCUCAAAUCACAAAGCCACCAUGGGAGGCUUAUAGCUUCUGUGACUAUCUCACUUGGGCUAGAUUUGAAUCAGCAAUCAGGAGGUGAAUGGUUUUGUUCUUAUCCCACUGCCAAUUUCCUGAACUAACAUAAUCUGAGUGUGUGUCACAAAACUUUGUUUUCCAAUUGAAUGCAUCCAUCCUUUAAAAACAGGUUAAAAUUAAGAAACAAAAUGUAAAGGAAAUUUAACAUCCAAAAAAUACAGAACAGUGCUCAGGACUUUAAAAUAUAUGUAAACAUCAGUUCCUGCCAAGUUAGUCAUUACUAAGAGUUGUUAACACGGGGGAUUGAUUGAGAGAAUGAUUGUUGCUGUGGAAUGAUGAUUUAAUAAGAGAAAAAUCUGAUAGAUUUGACAUGCUACAUAAAAUGUGCAGAAUGGUUAUUCUUUGGUAAAUUGCAACUUUCGGUUAUACCCUGUACAGAUGUGUUUGUUCUGUGCCUAGCCACAUUCCCCUUUUUUUCCUGUUAUUCUCUUGAAUUGCUAGAAAGCAUUGGUGUUCACCAUUGUUACACAUUUCACCCAGAAAAACAUACACAGCCCUCAUUUUACUUCCUCUUCUUGCCUUCUCUCACCCCUUUGCCUGGCCCGUAGUCACCUACCUCCUCUGGUGUUCAGUAGAGCACUGCACAAUGUCCUGCUCUCCAUCUUUAGAAGGUGUCUGCCAGGAGCUGGGCUUGAUUUCCUCUUUGCUAGCACUGCCUUCACAUGCACUGUUCUGGCUGAUGAUUAUUUAUCUGCCACUUAGUCCUAACAAAAUGCUUAGUGCUUUGUAAGUCAGAGAAUGAAGGCUGUUGCAGCUCAAGGAAGUCAUACAGGACAAGAAGAUGAAAGAGCCCUUUUAUUAUUCCCUUCUUUACUGACAGGCUGUACUCUGUCCUUCCAUUUUUCAGCAAUAAUUUAUGAGAGGUUGGUUUGUUUUUUAAAAUCUGAAAUGACCAGUGCCUCUGUGAAGAUCCUAUUACAAGUGCUGUUGGUGUCUUUGGUCUUCUGUAAAGCCUAGUGGUUCAUGCAGCCAUGCCCAAAUAAUAGUGAUCACCUUGAUCUGAGCUAUUGCUGGGCCCCUUUUCUGCAGAUAGGGGAGGCUGGUGUCAGAGGCUGGCCACAAAUGGCCUUUGGCUUGCCUUGAGAAAAUGUAGGGCUAGCCCUCGUGCUUGUGCUCUAUGAAUAAUAAUAAUAAUAAUAAUAAAGAAUCCUAGAGUCUGAUUACAGCAAAUAAAUUCCAUAACACCCUCUGCAUUAUAUUGGUUGUGCCAAAGAGCGUAACAUAAAAUGACUGAGAACAACAGCAAUUCAAAACAGCAGCACACAAUGGUGUAAUUGGACCCCAAGCACAUAAAAAUAACGGUUUAAAAGAAAGGAAAAAAAGGCAAAAAUGGGACCAUGGAGUGGUAUCAGGGACAGUGUCAUGAAACUGUGGUAAGAUGCAUGAGCCUAGUAGAAAGAAAAAGAAGGGGUGGGGGGUGAGUUACUUAUGAAUCAGUACAACUGUGCUUUGUUCUGCAUGAGUGUUUUAAUAGAGCAAGUGUAAUAUAAGGAUCAGGUGGGCUCGUGGGAAUGGAACAAAAGGUUUUGUAAAAUUAAAGCAAAAUAAUUAUAGCUCUAGGUGUAGAGUGAGCACACUCCAGCAGUUGAUAGCAGGAACCUGCUCAGAAUGGAGAAGGAGGGAGGGAGGAAGAUGCAGUUGCAAAGGUUUUUGGUUUGCCUUUUUUUUUAAAUCCAUGCAUACACAUGGACAUGUACAGACAUACAUGUGCACAUAUAGUGCAAACAGAUUCAUACAUGUACGGUAACCAAGACUUUAAAUCAAUUGCAGUUUAUGCAGCUUUAGAAAUCACUAAUAGACACCUUCAAAAAUGCAUUAAAAUGAAAAAUUGAGGAAUAGUCUCAAAUGAAUUAAUUAACAAAAAAAAGGAGUAAUACCAGCAGAACAUUGCUUUCUGAAGGAAUAAAGGACUAAAGUAAAAAACAGAGACUGUCAUAUGACAUGGGAGAUGUUCUUGCUGUAAAAGCCCAGCGAUGAAUAUGUGCAGAGUGGCCAGUAUACUAAUAAAGCCAACUCAAAGUCCCAGCAAUGAAUGUGAUCGUAGGGGGUUCACAAGAAAGCUGUCAGCAGUGCUUUGUGUUACAGAAACUCCCAUAUUUGGGCAGAGCAUUCUGCUGUGCUCUUGUGCAGAAAAAGCUGUUUCCUACCUGAAUUUUGGAGCAAUUUUACGAGCAAGGUGGGAGCUUGGUUGAUCACCAGGUGGCUUCCCUGGUGCUUUUUCUUUACUCCUGUGUAUGUACCAAAGUGCAUGUGGAUUCUGUAUAAAAGCAGAAAACAAAACAAAAACCUGAGAAAGAGUCCUGACCCACCAUGCACUUUCUUUCUAAGUUGUUGUCCUCAAAAUGUAAUUAAAGAGAAGAUGUCCGGGACGCAGGGAUGGAGAAAGCCUGCACUCAGGUGUGCAUUCUUCUCCUUCUGUCAUGUUAGUCUCACAGUGUUCAGAACUUGUUCCUAUUUUGGGCAAUGAAUUCCAAAUAAAUAUUUUUAUUAUUAUUUGUAGAUAUGCUGAAAGAGAAAGAAGUAGUGAAUUUUAGCACCAGCCCCAUUGACUCCCCAUAGCACCUGUGGGUUAGGAUGUGUUUCCUUUCAUUUACACACUGCUGCAUGGAAUGUUAUAAGGAAUAUGAGCAACCACCAGUGAUAAAAGGAACAUAAAGUGAGAAACUGGUCUUGUUACAGCACUCAAAUCACUUCCCUUCCACGGUAGAUGGUGUCUGAUGGGCAAGACGAUUGCACCUCAUUGUGGUGCAGUUUGUGGAAAGAAGGUUCAGCGUAGCCCACAGAACUGUAGUUGCAGGCACAGCUACUACAGAUGGCUGGUGUGCAAGAUAAGGUCUUGGCAAGGGAGGGGGACAAUUAGCCUGCCUCCCACUACAUUUCCCCUUAUUCUGUAGUCAGAUUUCCCUCAUUCAGGGUUUGUUCAGGGUAAUUGUUCACAGACAAUAUAUUUUUGUGCUCACAGUGCAAUCAGAGGCUGUUCUCACUUGAAGCGGGGCACAUCUCUUAGGUAGCGCUUUCUGCCAGAAUGUGGAGGCUGAGAUCAGAGUGAAGCUUUAUGAGCUCCAUUUGGUGCUUUUUACUUCCGUCUUGUUUCUCUCUCUGCAGGGGAUGUGAAACUAGAUUUGUCCUGUUUCCACAGCAGGGUUUUGGUUUAUUUUGUUUUUCCAAAGCAUUUCAUUCGGUGGCGCAAAUCCAGAGGAGAGUGUGUUGCAGAGAUGGAUUUGAAUGUCAGACAGAAAGAGUUGUGUUUAAUAAACUCUUUGUUGUAAACUAUAGAAACUUGAGAGCAGGAGGCCCCUGUUUAAUACAAACAUUCCGUGGCUAAAUUAUCACUCUAAGUAUUUGCCCUGAAAUUUAAAGAGCAGUGAGAUGAGGUAGCUUUGCUAAAAUGGAUGUUUAUGAGGUCUGACGCUCAAAUUUGAAAUUCUUUGGUUCUGGUUCCCCUCUCAAACUCUUUCCACCUUCCAUCUGCCUUUGUCUUUUCGUUCAGAGGUGGCUGCCUAAUAGAACUGAGUGGAAUGUAGAACUAGUUAAAAUGAAAUUCGAAAAACCAACAAAAAGCCCCACUAAAAAUAAAAUCAGAAGAAAAAUAAACAACAAAGUUUUAUAGGCUUUUAGAGGAAAAAAAAAGGAAAAAAGAUGUUUUAGUAGUAUGAUACAGUGCUUGAAGAUGACAGCCCCACAUGCAAAUAGCAGAACAUGUAGCUCCCAUUAUGUAUGCCACUACUGCUUAUCUCCUCUGCUCCCCUGCUUUUGAAAUCUCUUUUCUGUAUCACAGCACAAGCUACCUAUCCGUGUUGAUCUCAUUCUGAAGUGUUUUGUCAACAUGAGCCUAUUAUGAAAUUAAAGGUCAGUAAAAGGCCAGGCAUUCAUUGGGGUAAGCACUGCGUGCUGGAAAGGGAGGGGUCAAGAGUGCCUCAUCCCAUCCCAAGCUUUCAGAUGUGCCUCGUGUGCGUGUUCCUGUUUGGGAGCAGAGACACUGUAAAGCUUCAGUCGACCCCUCAUUCACAGCAAGACACAAUAUGCCAGUAUCUGUCACAUUCCAGGUCCUUGAAACACUAUUGAAGUCAGAGAAUUCAAAGUCCCAGAUUCUUGGCUUCUUUUGAGAUCGCCGUAUUUUCUUCCUUGCCAUUCUAGUAAAUCCGACAUACAUACAUGCACAUGCAUACUUGUGUAGACGUACUGACAUCUUUCCAGAGCAUGAAAUUCAAAAAAGGGAACAAAAGCAUGGGUUUUUCCCCUUGUCCUGUCACUUUCUGACAAAAAAAAAAAAAAAAAAAAAAAAAAAAAAAAAAAAAAUCCUUCAUAAGUUGUUUAUAUUCCAGCUUAUUUUCUUCCAUUCACUCUUUGCUGAGAGCAAAGCAUAAAGGAUUAAGACAAGAGCAGCCCUGCGUAUCUGUAUUCCUAUAUUAUAUUUACAUAUAAUAUCCAUUAUUUAGAUAAUAAAACCUGUUCUAAAUUGCACUGAAGAAAAGGUAGUAUUUCCACUUUUGCUCGGAAAGACCUGGUGCAGCACUGCUCACAUUUCCCUGCUUUUCCUCUAUCUAUUUUGGAAUUUGAUGAGCAAUAGCAUAUAAGCAUCAGUCAAGUCUGCAGUCUCUCCCUUUGCUCUUUUGUCCGAUUAUCCUUUUCCUAGCCUGUAGGAGAAUGAGUCUAAUCUGGCUGGAGAAUUUGCACCCUGAUUUUCUCACACGGCACAUGAAGUUUUUUAGAUAACAGUAGGGACAAUUUCUGGUCCUAUUGAAGUUGUUGGCAGCUCUCCAGAUGAUUUGUUGUAAGAUUUGGCCUUGAGAAAAAGGAUCAGUCACACUCAUCUCCUUUUAAUUCUGAACUAGAAUGACCCAUAUCACUGCCCACUGAUGGCUGCCUAGGAUACUAGCAGUGAAAUUUUGGAAAACGAUCAAAAGUUCAAAUAUAUGCAAGAAUGCAUGAAACCCACUGUCUAAGAGACCAGAGAGAAUACAGUUCACCACAGCAAAAUAUGUGUUUAAAUAGAAACAAAUAAAACUCGAAGAUUGAUAUGAAAGAGAUCUAUAUCGAUUUUAUUAUUUUUCUAUAUAAAGUCAAUUUAGGAUGAGGUUUGGGACAGUUCUCUCAACUUACGUAUGUGUUUUUCUGUUGUUUCUAAAAUCUUUUGAUUGCAGAGCACUGUAAAUGAUGCAAAACAAAGUCUCUUUUCCAAGUUCCCUACAGUGAGCAACUUAAGAGCAUUUAGUUUUAGUGUGUAUUAGGACUUCGUGUCCUCAGAGAACAGAUCCUGCCCCUUUGAUCUCUAGAUAUAAAAAUCACUGUUUCCCAGUUCUUACAGAAGAUCACUGGGGCCCCAGAAAUGUGCCAUGAAGAUGCAGAAUAAGGAUCCCGCAGCUCCAGUCCAUUUCCAGCAUUGCUGUUGCUUCUUGUAUGUUUUGAAAAAAAAUAUUAGUGAUCUCCAGUAAUCCCCAUUUCUGAAAUUAAUUUAAAACUACUUAUAUAACUUAGCAACAUGCCUUAGGGAAGGGAAAAAAUAAUUUUAAAGAAACAGUCAUACUCUCUAAAUUUUUUAUCAUAAUUUCUUUUAUGUGUUUAUGUGUGCAGGUAGUCUGCAAAAUAAAUUUACAGGCAUAUAAUUCUGUAUGUCUGUAUCCUGUGCAGUGGCCCUUCCUGUGGGAAAGGAGUUGAUCUAAACCAACAUUCAAACUCAACGAUUUUCUCUGUCUUUUGGAGGGAAGGAGAGGUAGGGAGUCAAAAUACAAGAUUUCGUUACAAUACAGGUCUGUCUGCUGCUGAAAGCAUUUCUCUAGCAUGUUGCUAUCUAGAGUUUUCCCUUUCAAAAUUUCUAGUAGGAGGUGAAUUUUCCAGUUGGUUUGACUCUGCUGUUAAAAAAGCCAAGCUGAUUUUUUUUUUCUUUGAUUAAGUGAAUAAAAUGUUAAGGGUAGUUAAGCCAAGGAGAGUUUUAAAUCCUGUUGAUUUUUUUUUCUCAGUUCCUAAUCUGGUAAACAAACUGCUUGCAUCUAUCUUUGCAGAGAUAAUUUAAAACCACUGUGCUGAAAGUAUAGUGUAAAAACACCAGUUUUCACUUCAGAGACAAAAACACUCCGAUGACCUUCAAACCUCGUGUGUUAACCUAGCAAGUGAAAAAUCAUGUUUUUCAUUAUUUCUGUUACCUCAAGGUUACUUCGGGGCUAAGGUUUCCUAUGAAGAUCAAACAGGAGGUUUCUUCCUGUCUUGCACAUCCUUACGUACGCGCAGAUUAUGCCCUCUGUGAAAAUACUAAACCGCAGACGCUGUGGCCUUGAAGCUGGAGGGAGGAUUGCUCGGUGUUAUUAAGGCUCUGAUCAGCAGACCAGACCGGGAUCCGGCUGCUCCUGUCUGGCUCAGUAACCUUGGAAAAGUCAAUAAUAUACUUGUGCCCACAUCCCCCAGCUGUAAAAGGAAGGGGAUGCUCUUUCCCUGCUGCAGAGGUACUUUGGGGGUAAAGCUGCUCUCUGAAACCGAUGGUGAGCACGGAAACGUGCAUGUGGAUCGGGUUGCGAGCCCGUGCCACAGUGCUGGGUUUUUCUGACAGCACAUGGUCCUGAAGAUCCCCCAAACAUGGUCCAUGCUUCCAGAAAAUUCCAACAGGCCUCUCCACUCCUUCCCAAGCACACCUUGCAGCAGCUGCUUUGGGAAAUGUCCACAUCUCCCUCCCUAUUGCGUAGGGCUCUUGGCACAGAGGGGGCUUCUGUGCGGGAUGCUCCUCUCCCCCCGUGUCGUGUACUCCUCUCACCCUUGCAGGACAGUGAGUGAGCUUGCCCGGCCUGGCUCAGCCGGAGUGUUUGAUAGCCUUUGCAGAGUGAAAGUGGUUGUUUCAGAGCAGCAGUGCAGAGCUGCUUCUGUGAUACAUUAUCUGCAAGUGCUGAUGUCCCUGAUACAUUUCUUUUUACAUGUUUCGCUGCAUCCUUGUUCACACAGGCUGAUCAUAUGUGCCCCAGAUACAAACAGGAAGACAAAGUUUCCAGUUCCAUCUGCUGCAGUCUAGAACGAUUUUAUCCAGCAUUCACUGGGGGAAAGCAAUUCUGAUUUAAAUGGCACAUAAGCUGAGCAUUAUUAGUCUGAUAGGGUAAACUAUUACAGGUUUUUUCCUCAUGGGUUUUUAUAUUUGAGCUGGAAAUAACUGUGCUGCAUGAACUCUAAGUGGAAAUGUAUUAAAAAAAAAAAAACAAAAACAAAAAAAAAAAAAAAAAAAAAAAAAAAAAAAAAAAAACCCAGAAAACUUUUGAAAUAGCAGAGGCUGGAACUUCACAUCAGUGAUGUCUGCUUGUUGAAUCUCCCCAAAAUGAUUCUUCUACCAAAAUACCUGGCUAGCUCUUCUCCACCAACUUUCAGCAGAGGUGGGCAGGAAAUCCCAUUAAAAAACCCCAAAAAACAAAACCACAGCCAAAAAUAUGCAACUCCCUUGGAGCCAUCACUGUUUGGAAAUGAACAGUUAACAAAUGCAACCUUUUCACUGAUGCCCUAAAUUCCUUUGUCACUUAGUAACAGCCUGCACAAAGUGCACCUCCACGCCUGACCUAAGUUACAUCAUAUUGCCUUGUUGUGGAAUAAUCUAUUGUUGAAUGUGUACAGAAAUUUAGUUGUAAGAUCCAAGAUAUUAUAAUGAAUAAUUACAUUUUUUUACUAAAUAAAUGACAAGGUUUAUUUAGUGAAAAUACCGUGUCAGUGCAGAAAGCAAAAUAAAAAAUAAGUUCACAUGCUGUGCUAGGAUUGAGAGACGUGUCACUGCGUACCUUUAUAGCUUCCUAACACUGCUAAUGGGAAUAGUGAUAACCUUUAUCUCCCCACUGGGCUGCAGGAGACCUUGGUGUCUGCCAGGAGACAGCUUUCCAGCGGAAAGCUUUCCUACAGUAAGCUGGUUCUAACUAAUCAUCUUGUCAGUCCUCCCUGAGGCAUCGCCGCCUUGGGGCAGGCUUGGGGCAAGUGAUCCCACCUUUCUAAAGCUGUGGGAUUUUAGUAGAAGUCCAGAAGUUUGUCUGUUGAUUUCAGUAAGGAUGUACCUGGAGGGGGAAAAAAAGUAUCAUUGAGCAGCUGAAUCCUUUCUAUUACCAGGUUAGGAUAUCUAAAUGUGGGCUUCGUUUGCUUUUCUCUUUUCCUCAAAAUUAAUGAUUUCUUUUAAGUUUAUUGUUUGGAGUUUUGCUUGCUUCAUUUCUAAACAGGCAAAGUGUGUCUGAUGUUGUGGUACACAUUACAUAGAUACUGCUGAGAGUUAAUCCAGCGGGGAGGUGGGAUGGAGAGGGUAGUGCUGGAAGCCUUUGUGACAGAAACAAAAGCACUAAGUUGUUUCGAGAGAGAUUUUCCCUGCUAGAAGGAGCGCUGCAGAACGCCUGUCCAGCUUUGGGUAACAAAAGUACCCUUGAAAGUGAAAGCAAACAGACGCUGCAAGCGGGGAGGGGAAAAGGCGAGGUUCAAACGGCGGAGCGGCCACGCAGGCGGGUUUGUGUCGCCGGGCUUCGGGAGGGAUUCCUGCCCCGGCAGGACCGAGCCGCGCUCGGCCGAGCCGGGCUCCGGGAGCCACCGCAGCGCCCGGCCCGCGGGGCUGCGCUGGGCUGGGCUGGGCUGGGCUGGGCUGAGCUGAGCUGAGCUGAGCUAGGCUGAGCUGAGCUAGGCUGAGCUGGGCUGAGCUAGGCUGAGCUGGGCUGGCAGCCUCGGGGGACCAGCGUGAAGGAAGGAAGGAAGGGAGGAAGGAAGCGGAUCACAGCGUCUGAAGUCUGAGAAGUGACAGCGUUUUGCACUGGAGGCAGCUGUGUGAGGUUACCUGAGGACAGUGUCUGGCUCUGCUGGCUGAUUGCUUGGAGCAUUAAAAAAAAAAAAAAAAAAAUCAUCCAGUUAAUGGGGGCACCUCCUAAACAAACCAGAUAUCCCUUUCACCAUGCAGUCCCUGUUGAGAAGAGUAUAAUUUUGCAUUAACUACACUGGAUAAGUAAGAAUUUGUUAUGUUCUGACUUUAUCCAGGAAAUUCCCUUUUAACCCAAUUGUCCCUAUUAAGUGUGUCAGCUCUUCUUUCAAAAGCUCUGCUCUGCAAAGGCAAAUUAGUAUAUUAAUGUGGAAGUACGUAAUUUUAAGACAACAAAAGACUGGGAAGCCCUUAUCCAUUUUUUCAGAAAAAGUUCUUUAUUUCAAAAUAUUGCAACAAACUCUGCUUGCUUACAGUUAUUUAUAACAAUUAAAUUUAAUUCUGUUCAUGUUUAUUUUUCACUUUUAAAACCUUAACAGCAGAAUUAUGCUUGCUACUUUCAUUUUCUUUAAUCUACCUUAAUUUUGUUUAGACUUGAUUUAAAGUUUCAUUUUCAGAUUCUCAUCUAAAUAUUGAAAAUCUAGCCUGAAAGUAUCUCCUAAGAGUGAUCUACUAUUCUUUGCCCUCCUCUUAAAUUAUGCAUAACGUAAACUUGACAAUAGCUAGGUUUAAUUCUGAAACGAUUUAUUUAUGUCAGUGUAAUUCAAAGCCUAAGGGAAAACAGUUAAUCUUAUGUACAAUUAGCAUGUAGCUCUGUUUAGCUGAAGUUCAGGGUAUUUCCCUCACAAGUCAGAAUCAGGGAACAGGUCCACUGUGUCUUCUUCUGAGACCUGUGUGAGCUGUUGGCUACUUAAAAGCAUCCAGGUUGGGGCUCUACCCAGGCUCUUGGAAGUUCUCCUGUUUCCAAGGCACUUGUGUAGCACAAAGACUUCAAUGAAGAGAGCUUUCUGGACACUUCUGGUGACAUAGAGAUUGAAAACUUCGGGGGUCUAGAACUGAAGCAGUGGUUGGCAGUUUUCCUCAACUUUGCGAGAGAGAGAGAGAUUUGGUUGGAAUGAAACCUUCCUCUGCGUACAGCCUGCUUGGGAUGCAGCACUGAAAGAUCACUCACAAUCAGUUUGUGGCCUUUCUCUGAAGGAACCUUUCCUUGUCUCUUGUACACAGCCUCUCUCUGUUCCCUGCCCCAAUGAACGUCUGCACUAGGUCCAAGGCUUGGAGUAAUUUACCUGAAGAGUGAUACCAUUUGGAAACCACUGAAGAAACCCAAGACAGCUGAAAACCAGAAGGCGUCUGAGGAGAAUGAGAUUACUCAGACGAGUGCAUGCAGCGCCAAGCCGGGCCUUCCCUGCCUGAACCUUGAAGCUGUUCCUCCUGUGAGCCCGGCCCUCAUCCACUCUCCACAUUCACCAACAAAUCUGCACGCACACACAGGGUCAUCUGAUUGUAACAUCAGUUGCAAGGGGAUGACAGAGCGCAUUCAUAGCAUCAACCUUCACAACUUCAGCAAUUCUGUGCUCGAGACCCUCAACGAGCAGCGCAACCGUGGCCACUUCUGUGACGUGACGGUCCGCAUCCACGGGAGCAUGCUGCGCGCCCACCGCUGCGUGCUGGCGGCUGGCAGCCCCUUCUUCCAGGACAAGCUGCUGCUGGGCUACAGCGACAUCGAGAUCCCCUCGGUGGUGUCGGUCCAGUCCGUGCAAAAGCUCAUUGACUUCAUGUACAGCGGGGUGCUGCGGGUCUCACAGUCAGAGGCCCUCCAAAUCCUCACCGCCGCCAGCAUCCUGCAGAUCAAGACUGUGAUUGAUGAGUGCACAAGGAUUGUCUCACAAAAUGUGGGAGAUGUCUACCCGGUGAUUCAGGAUUCUGGCCAAGAGACACCCAGGGGAACACCUGAAUCAGGCACCUCGGGGCAGAGCACUGACACAGAGUCUGGCUACCUGCAGAGCCAUUCACAGCACAGUGUGGACAGGAUCUAUUCAGCCCUCUAUGCCUGUUCCAUGCAAAAUGGCAGUGGGGAGCGCUCCUUUUACAGUGGAGCUGUGGUCAGCCACCAUGAGACAGCCCUGGGACUCCCCAGGGACCAUCACAUAGAAGACCCCAGCUGGAUUACCCGGAUCCACGAACGGUCGCAGCAGAUGGAGCGGUACCUCUCCACCACUCCAGAGACCACACACUGCCGGAAGCAACCCCGCCCUGUCCGAAUCCAAACCCUGAUGGGCAACAUCCAUAUUAAACAGGAGAUGGAGGAUGACUAUGACUACUACGGCCAACAGAGGGUGCAGAUCCUUGAGCGCAACGAGUCUGAGGAAUGCACUGAGGACACCGACCAAGCAGAAGGCACUGAGAGCGAGCCCAAAGGGGAGAGUUUUGACUCGGGUGUCAGUUCCUCCAUUGGCACCGAGCCUGAUUCUAUGGAGCAGCAGUUUAUGGCUGGCCUGGGCCGGGAUGGGCAGCAAGAACCUUCUCAAACAGAUCAAAAUGAUGUCCCUGCUGACGGCACUCAGCCGCAGCAGCAGCAGCAACAUGUAGAUGCCAACUCUUCCUCACCAGAGAGAAGCAAUGACGUUGAAAUGGACAGCAAAGUGCUCACAGUCAAUAACAGCACCGAAAAGGGGGCUUUGCAGCCUUCUGUCAACACAUCUGUUGCCCAACCAUUGCCAACCACACAGAUCUACUUACGCCAGACAGAAACCCUCACCAGCAAUCUGAGGAUGCCACUGACUCUGACCAGCAACACUCAGGUCAUUGGCACAGCUGGCAACACCUACCUGCCUGCCCUUUUCACCACGCAGUCUGCUGGCAGCGGCCCUAAGCCUUUUCUCUUCAGCCUGCCCCAGCCUUUAGCUGGCCAACAGACACAGUUUGUGACAGUGUCCCAGCCCGGCCUGUCAACCUUUACUGCCCAGCUGCCAGCCCCACAGCCCCUGGCCCAGUCUGCGGGCCACAGCACAGGGGGUGGGCAAGGCGAAAAAAAGCCUUACGAGUGCACUCUCUGUAACAAGACUUUCACCGCCAAACAGAACUACGUCAAGCACAUGUUUGUACACACAGGAGAGAAGCCACACCAAUGCAGCAUCUGUUGGCGCUCCUUCUCUUUAAAGGAUUACCUAAUCAAACACAUGGUGACACACACUGGCGUGAGGGCCUACCAGUGCAGUAUCUGCAACAAGCGCUUCACCCAGAAGAGCUCCCUUAACGUGCACAUGCGUCUCCACCGCGGGGAGAAGUCCUACGAGUGCUACAUCUGCAAGAAGAAGUUCUCCCACAAGACCCUGCUGGAGAGGCAUGUGGCUCUGCACAGUGCCACCAACGGCACGCCCGGAGCCACCGGCGCCGGCGCGAGGGCUGUCCCCGCCGGCGUGGUGGCCUGCACGGAGGGGACCACGUACGUCUGCUCUGUCUGUCCAGCUAAGUUUGACCAAAUUGAGCAUUUCAACGACCACAUGAGGAUGCAUGUGUCAGACGGAUAAGUAGAAUCUCUCUCUCUCUCUUUGUUAUGAACAACAAAAAUAGAAACAACAAAAAAAGCUAUGGCACUAGAAUUUAAGAAAUUAUUUUUGUUUCGUUUUUACCUUUUAUUUUCCUCCUUUUUUUGGGUUCAUUUCAUUUUGUUGGUUUUUGUACUACAUGAAGAACUGUUUUUUGCCUGCUGGUACAUUACAUUUCCGGAGGCUGGGUGAAUAAUAAUUUUCCCAACCUCCCUCGGAUGGUGGCCUUAAGGCCAGGUAGUGCUUCAUGAGCUCCACUGGUUGGAUCUCUAGCUACUGGCCUCUAAAUACAACCCUUCUUUACUACAAAAAGCAAACAACAAAAAAAAAAUCACAAAAAAAAAAUUAAAAAAACAGACAGAAAAAUCAUUAAAAAAAAAUC